AUGGUUGUAGAUACCCCUGAUCCCUGUAAGUUGUCCAGUAACCAAAGGAUUGUCCAAAAUUAUAUGCCCAGAAGUGAUGGCAACACAGUUCUGGUACUGGUGCUCCAGCUGGGAUGGGUCACAGACGAAGACAAAAAAGUGAUGGCGACACUAAAGACCAUCUUCAGAAAGAAGGUUAGAGAUUAUAUGAUUGUGCUUUUUACUCGGAAGGAAGACCUGGGGGAUGAGGACAUUAAAGAUUACUGCAAAAACACAGAAAACAAGUUUCUUAAGAAGACAAUUAAAAAGUGUGGGAAUCGAGUUUGUGCUUUUAAUAACAAAGAAACUGGCCAAGCCAGGGAAGACCAGGUAAUACAUUUUAUGAAAAUGGCCAAUGAGCUGAUAGGUAACAAUAAAAAGCCCAUCAACAAAAGAACUACUGUGUUUCCCCCAAAAUUAGACAUCUGCCAAAAAUAA